AAACACUCACAUACACACACACACACUCACACACACACACACACACACACACACACACACACACAAACUGUAGCCACUGUGGUGGUUUGAUAGUGUCUAUGACUUCCUCUAUCUUCCUUCUUGUGUUCAGCUGAGUCAGACACAGAUAGACUGACCUCUACACAUCUCCUCUCUGCUCUAGUGUUGUUUGUACCCAUAGAGUCAUGAUGUUUGAAAACAUCCACCUCUGUAACAGAGAAAGAUACAUAUAUGGACAUUGCAUUCAUACUCCUUUGCUGUCGUAUGUCUAAUAUCUGGUAACAAUGACAAGAACAUCCAGGAACAAACUGUUAUGUACUGUUAGUAGCCUAUGAGGAGCUAUGGUGGCUUUAUAAAUAUGCAUAUUUCUCACCAUUCAAAUUAGAUACAUUUGUUAGGAAAACAAACACCUGUUUGUAGUUCCACUAUUCCACUUUUAGACACCAACUGGAUGUCAAAAUUGAAUAUACAUUAACUUUCUAUAACCUACAGUAUUUAGAUUAUCCCAAAACUAACUAAAAACAUGUUACAAGAGGAAAACAAUUCAGGGGCAUUUAUAACUAUAAUUUUAAUAUUUUACAUGUCUGUUUGUCUAUGUGAUUGUCCCCAUGUCCUUACUCCUAUGAGGUAGCCAUCCUUUUCAUCUGAUAGGAUUGUGUUACGUAGCCUAAUACGGAACCACCUACCACCAGCCAAUCACAUCAAAACUACUGAAAACCUUAGUAGGCUAGCUACGCAUUUAAAAGACAACAUAGGGACCGAUCACUUGUAGCGACUAAUUCUGAGGCUACACACAUAUGGACGUUUGAUUGAUAACCACUUUGCCCUUGAUCUAUCCUGUAUCACUCUACGUGUUUGCUAUUGGAAAGGAGAACAAGAAGAGCGAGUCCAUUCUAUUUAUAACUAAUCUAUUACAAUUGGCUUACGUAUUGGAGGUUCUUUUAGGCUACAGUACAUCAUUUCCAAAACCAGUUCUCACAGAGUGCAAAGAUGCGGCUUCCACUUACAUUCAUUCUGCUUUUCAAGUUAAAUUGGGGUCUUCCAACUGACACGGUCAUUCAGUUCCAGCGGUCGGGAGUGGUCGGCGAGGUGGAGACCGUCGAACAGGUCUUGGUCAACGGAGCACCUCUCUCCAGCUACGGGAAAGACGUCAGUGGCAUUAUCCGUGAUGUAUUGCUGGACAACUACAGCGAGUCUUUUCAACAGGCGUUCGAGAUAGAAGAAAAUGUCACCAACACCAUGACAAAAAAUCAUACUUACCAUUACCUCCGUGUGCGUGAAUGCAAACUGGAUGGAUUUCGAGUGGUGCGUUUGACCGACCAGCUCCUUGUCAACGGCAAUGACUUUCUGACUCUGGACCGAUCCACGGACACCUGGACAGCUGAGGUACCCCAGGCCCUCGCCCUCAAACAGCUUUGGGACUGGGACACUGAGCGCAUGAGGCGGGAGAGGAUACAACUCCAUGAGAGCUGUACCGAACUGAUGAAGGAGCUCACAUAUUCUGAGCCCACCACCACUGGAGCAGGGAUGUCCAUGCUGACUGUCCUGGCUCCACUGUUAGCAUGCCUGGCCUUUAUUGCCCUGGUUAUUGCAAGCUUCCUCAUCUCUAAACGACAAGAUCCCAACGGUUCAGGACACCCUGGAGGUGUCCUUGGCUCCAUUGUCCACUACCCUCAGAAUGCCACAGAAACACUUCAGGCGUCACAAUCAGGAAAAGGCUACCAGGUCCUCUAAAACUCAACCCACCUCCUUUCAUCCACCUCUGAUGACCACUGUUCCUUGCUACACAGCAGUCGGGUGGCCAUGAAAUCCCUUGGUUGCGGUCUGAUUCCCUACCGUUCGCCUCAAAAUGUAUGUUCACUCCCCCUUGAUAUGGUGGGAACUGCUUACACCAAUCCAAUGCUUUUAAAUCAAUGAGGGGAGUGAGCAAGUACACAUUUUGAGCAAGUACAGAUAUUUAGAAUAUGACAGGAACUGUGACAUUCCAAUUUGUAUAACAACUUACUGGAUUGUGUGUGAUUUGAACUCUUGAAGUAGUUCCUAGGUAACCACAAGAAAAGGAUAUGAAGACAGUUUUAUGCACUUUUUAAUAUGUAUUCCCUCACCUUUGCUCAGUCAGACCCUGGUAAUUCCUCACUUAUCUACCGGUGCCUAUGCUCUUCAGCCGUUGCUUUUCAGCUAAUGUCAAUACAAACAGAGUAACACACACAAACACAACACACAUGAACACACUCGAUAGCUCAAAACUACUGUAACUGUAAAUAUAUUUGUGUAGUGCUGUCAGUUGCAUUUAGUCAACCACUGUCAAUGAACUUGCCUUGACCAAAAACACUGAUAUGAAAAGCAUUUACUGUGGUCCAUCUGUUUGAAUAAACGUUGUACAUUUUGUUUUGAUUCAGUUACACAUUCUGGGUGAAAUACUGUAAUCAAAUUUUGUGUACAGUGAGGAAAUGUUAUGUUCACUUUGUGCCUUUGUGUAUAUAAAGCUACUGUAUUAUGAUUAUGAGGGGACAUAUUUUGUACUGAGAUGUACAAAUUAUUUUAUCACUUUUGUUUAUUUACAUAUGUUUAUCACUUUAUUUUGUAUAACUUUAUUAAAGAUAUUUAAAUGUUUGCGACUUUUGUAUUGGAGUACACAGCAAAAUGUACAGUAUAUCUUUAAUUGCAAAAUUGUCCUUGAUGCCAAAUAGAUUGACCACAGUACACCCAGAUGAACUCAAAAGAACAAAUUGAAA